GUCAAUUUGAGGGCCCGAGGCGGAGGGUGGCGGCCGAGCGCGCUGGGAGUCCGCGGGAGUCGGGGAAGUGGGGCCGCCGGGCGCGCGGGGCGGGCGGCUAGCGGAGCCGGCCGGAGAGGGCCGGGCAGCGGCCGCCGCCGUCCCGGAGCGCGCGGGCGGGCAGGAGGAUGGAGCUAAAUUCCCUGCUGAUCCUGCUGGAGGCGGCCGAGUACCUGGAGCGCAGGGACCGAGAGGCCGAGCACGGCUACGCCUCGGUGCUGCCCUUCGACGGCGACUUCGCCAGGAAGAAGACAAAGGCGGCCGGCCUGGUGCGCAAGGCCCCGAACAACAGGUCCUCACACAAUGAACUAGAAAAGCACAGACGAGCCAAGCUCAGGCUCUAUCUGGAGCAGCUCAAGCAGCUGGUGCCCCUGGGCCCUGACAGCACCCGCCACACCACGCUGAGCCUCCUGAAGCGUGCCAAGAUGCACAUCAAGAAACUGGAGGAGCAGGACCGCCGGGCGCUGAGCAUCAAGGAGCAGCUGCAGCGGGAACACCGCUUCCUAAAGCGGCGCCUGGAGCAGCUGUCGGUGCAGAGCCUGGAGCGCGUGCGCACAGACAGCACAGGCUCCGCCGUCUCCACCGACGACUCCGAGCAAGAAGUGGACGUAGAGGGCAUGGAGUUUGGCCCUGGUGAGCUGGACAGUGUUGGCAGCAGCAGUGACGUGGAGGGCCACUACAGCCUGCAGAGGGGCGGCUGCAGCGAUGGGGGCUACGGGCCCCCCUGCCGGCGGCCUGGCCGCCCCGGCCUCUCGUAGGCCCAGCGCCCUCAGCUCCUUGGCCCGCCUGCCUGCCCGGCCAAGCGUGCCAGCCCUCCAGUCCUCGAAAGCCUCUCCGCGGGCCCGCUGCUGUGCCAUUCUGGAAGCUCCAGCUGCCGCCUGGGCUGCCCGCCUCCGCCGCCUGCCGGUCAGGGCCCACCGUGCUGCCCACCCCUCCCAGCUGGGCAGGGACUCCUGCAGGGAGGCGGGGCCCAGCUCCCACAUCCCGGAGCCCAGCGUAGCCGCCCACGGUCUGUUCUCAGAUUCCUAAUCAUUCCAGAAGUAUUAAAUAUCAUUGCUGCAAAUCCCGGCGGGCACCGUGUGAGGGGCUUAAUGACCACUGCGGGGAGCUCAGACCCCCACCCUGGAUCCCAGGAGAAAGGAAGGAGUGGACCGAGGAAGGAAGGAAGGCGUGGCUCUCCGUCCGUCUGUCCAUCUGUCUGUCAGUCCACGUAGGCUCCUGAGGCCUGGAUGGAGGGACCCAUGAAGGGCGGGACUCGGGUGAGCACCCUGGGGCAAGUGGGCGGAGAGGGGCCUUUGCACCCCACAGGUGUCAGGAGCAAGCGCUGGGCUCCUGGGGGCAGGCCAGGCCCCCCCUUCCAAGCUUCUGCUCUGUUAGGUCCCUCAGAUGUACACACACACAUGCCUAGGCACACACGCCCACAUGCGCAUACACACACACACACACACACACACACACACACACACACACACAUCGUCACUGGACCCAGAGGAUACACAUCAUGGGGAGGUAGGCCUUCAAGGGUCAUCUGGGCAAGUUCUGGUCCCUGGCCUGUGCCUGGCUCCCCCUCCCCACCCCAGCUCACUGGCCCUGUUUGCACUGGGCAGAGGGCUUCUCCUCCUGGCGGGGGCUGGAGUGCGCUGGGGACGGCAGGCUGAAGGCACUGAGGCCUCAGGAGGCUUUCUCAUCUACCUUUGAAAGAAAAAAAGCAAAAAAAAAAAAAAAAAAAAUUGCUGCACUGCCCAGCAGCCCAGAACAGGGCUCCCAGGAGAGAGGCUUUUUCCCAAAAACAAAAGAGAAACGUUUUUAAAAGAGAAAAAAGCUCUAAAGACUCCCCGCCAAGUGACAUCAGCGUGUGCCGCCUCAAUUUCCUGUACGAGAUUUUUGUACUCUAUUUUCCUAGCCGUUGCUGUGUCCUUGUUUGCUGAGGGGUGGGAGUGACCCAGCGUCUCAGGGACUCGUCUUGUAUGUCACCUUCGUCCAAGUGUGCCUUGUGUCCCAUGUCUGGCCCCGCCCCGCCCACCACCACCAGCAUCUCCCUUGUGGCUCAAGGGGCGCCCCUGGCCUGCCCAGCACGUGCCCUCCUAGCUUCCUCCCCAGGCAGCAGCCCCUCCCAGCAGCCUCGGCUGGCUUCCUGCCGGGCCAGGUCGGGAGGGGGGGGGGGGAUCGUGCGCAGCAGCUUUGUGUCACCUGGCCCCCUGGUGACCCAGCACCCCAGUAUCGCUGUGCCCCGGGGCCUGGUGAAGAGCCGGCUAACCAGAGAAAUAGGUUCUCAGCUGUACCCAGCUUGAACCAUCCCUGCUCCCCUGGCCUGGGGUGAGGGCCCCAAAUUUCAGAAAUAGGCAGCUGAUGAGGACAGACCUUCACCCUGGGUAGCCAGGCCGGGGCCUUAGGAGGCUUCUCCUGGCCUUUUGUUCCCGAAGCCCUUGUCCACACAGCAAUAUUUGGGUGGUGUGCUGUGGGGCCGCCCCGCCGCAGUGUCUGCUUCCCUCUCUGGUGCGUUGUAACCAAUUUCCAGACUGGGGUGGGGGGGGGAAGCUGGUGUUUAUUUUCGGUCACGCUGGUAGACGCGCCAGGGUGAGUAGCCUACUGAGGCAGAAAGGGGUUCCUGGAAACGGCUCUGGCACAGAACCUGUCCUGCAGAGGCUCAGGAUGGCGAGUGGAGAGCAGGCUCAUGGGAGACAGCGCAGGGGCUGGGGAGACUGUCCAGACAUCUUGCUGGCGGUUGCGAGGGAACCUGUUCUAUCCUGUCUCCUUCCGGUGUCCCUGGGGGUCUAGAGUGCCUAGGGUGGCUCCCGUCUGCCCGAGCACGUCCACAGAGAGCUUCUUGUCAGCAUCUGGCACACUCCGAGGCAGAGGAGUGCGCGAGUUGAAGAUCCUGCUGUGGGAGGCACAAGUCCAGACCCCUGGGGCGGUCUGUGUUCAGAAUUCAUAAAGUACCAGCUCCCCCAGUACCCCAGCCAGCAGGGUCAUCUCCAGGUGACCAACUGUGGCCCUCCCUCAGCUGACCUUCUGGCAGCUCAGCUUGUGGCUUCUCAGGCUGUGGUUCCCACCUGGGCCAGGGAGUUGACCUCACUGGCCACCUGGGGGCCUGUGCUCCCAGAGGCCCCUCCCUGCCACCAGCAGACACGUUGGGGGUGGUCCUCGGGGCCAGGGUGUGGUGCUAGGAGUUACACAUCCAUUCUCUCCUCCCUCUGGCCUUUUGCACAGGUUAGCUGUUGCUGGUGGCCACAGAGACCCAGAGGGGUCCCUGCUGAGGCCGUGUCGGAUAACUGAGCACUGUUGAGUCUAUAGAAGCAGAUGGGACCAGAACAGGGUUGCAGGGGUGCCUGCACGCUCUAUCCGUGUGCCCUCCCACACCUCUGUGGACCAUUGUGGCACUGGGUGGCCAGGAUCCUGGAGUCCCAGGCUCAUGUUUGGGUCCCCACCCUCACUGGGAGGUGGCCCCUGUACACCAGGCCAUUACUGCCCAGUGCAGGCCCAGCUGGCUGGGAAGACUGCAAGAAGGCUUCUCUUCCUUGGAGCUCUGGGUCCACCUUUGUAUUUUGGGUCUGGGAGGCCCGGGGCCCGAGCCAGCUCUCUUGGGCUGAUGGGGCUGUGUGCCCAACUAAGGCCCUGAGGACCCGUGCCCUCCUGUCUGCCCCAGACAAUCCCCAUCUGCUGAGCGAGGCAGGCUUCCCUCACUCUCCCACCCCCUGCCUCUCUGGAUCAGCUAACCUGGGGACCCCUCCCCAUAGCUGGGCACACAGAACUCUGACCCUGGGCCACAUCUAGGGCAGGUUCUGUGCCAGAGUCUGGGGCUUCCCGGGGGGCCUGGCACUGGCCAGGAUAGCGUGUUACAAGAUCCUCACUGGAGAGAAUUGGGCCACCCACCAGCCUGUUCACCGGGAGGGACUGUGCUGUACCAUUCUGUCUUUGUAAUAUAAAUACAGAUUUUUAUACCUCA